UAUGGAAUCUCCAUUUAACACUGAAAAGAGUGAAUAGAAGAAAAUGGAAGAGGGAAAGGGUAGAGUGUGUGUAACUGGAGGCACAGGUUUUCUUGGUUCAUGGAUCAUCAAAAGGCUCCUUCAAGAUGGUUACUCUGUUAACACCACCAUCAGAUCUGAUCCCAAGAGAAAAAGGGACAUUAGCUUCCUCACAAAUCUGCCUGGUGCAUCCCAAAAAUUGAAAAUAUUCAAUGCUGACCUCAGCAAUCCAGAGAGUUUCACUGAAGCAAUUGAGGGGUGUUUUGGGGUUUUCCACACAGCUACACCAAUUGACCUUUUAGUAACUGAACCGGAAGAGUUAGUUACAAAAAGGACAAUUGAUGGAGCACUGGGAAUCCUGAAAGCAUGCUCUGAUUCAAAGACAGUUAGAAGAGUAGUUUACACGUAAGAGGGCGAAGUGGAGGCAGUGGAUGAGAGUAGUUGGAGCAAUGUGGAAUAUCUUAGAAAUAUGAAACCAUAUGGUUGGUCUUAUGGAGUUGCGAAGACAUUAACAGAGAAGGCAGUGCUUCAAUUUGGUGAAGAGAAUGGUUUGGAAGUCGUCACUCUAAUUCCUCCUUUUGUUGUUGGAUCUUUCAUUUGUCCUAAGCUUCCUGAUUCUGUUGAGAAAGCAUUGCUUUUGCUAUUAGGGAAGAAGGAUGAAAUUGGUGUUACACGUAUGCAUAUGGCACAUGUUGAUGACGUGGCAAGAGCUCAUAUAUUCCUGCUUGAGCAUCCUAAUCCAAAAGGCAGAUAUAAUUGUUCUCCAUUCAUUGUAUCUAUUCAACAAAUUUCUCAACUUCUUUCUGCCAAGUAUCCACAAUUUCAAAUACCAACUUUAGAUGAGGUGAGAGAAAUUAAAGGAGUGAAGCAACCAGAAUUGAUCUCAAAGAAGCUCACAGAUGCUGGAUUUGUGUUCAAGUAUAGCUUGGAGGAAAUGUUUGAAGAUGCAAUUGAAUGCUGCAAGGAGAAGGGUUUUCUUUGAAUGUUUUAAGGUGGAAACUCAGGUGCAAUCGACUUCACGUGAAGUUGAUACAUAAGAGUCGUUAGAUAAUUUGACUGAUUUGACUAAAUUUUCAUCUAACGACUCUCAGAUAUCAACUUCACGCGAAGUCGACUUCACCUGUUUUCACCAUGUUUUAAAACAUUGUAUCUAUCUUUGAUCCAUCUAAGUCAUCAAGUCAAUAAAGCAAUAAUAAAGUGCCCAACAUCAUGAUGAUCUUUAAGUUUCAUCAAUUUCAUAUGCCACUCAUUGGAUUCUUACAGUGUUCUUAUAUCAUAAAAUAUUUGAUGACAAAUA